GCGGUCAUGUGUGCGGGCGGUCACCUGACAGGUCCGGCUCUCUUCUGAUGUUUGCCGUGUUUUAUUUGUUUCUUGUCGCUACCGUCGAAUGAAUGCGGCGCCAUGCUUGGCCGAGGAGAGCCAUGGUAGUCGUCAACUCGGUGCUCAAGCUGCUUCAGAGGCAGACGUACACCUGUCUGUCCCACCGAUACGGACUCUACCUCUGCUUCGGGGGGAUCGUACUCAUGAUUGUGUCCGCUUUCCAGUUCGGAGAGGUUGUGGUGGAAUGGAGCCGAGACCAGUAUCAUGUCCUCUUUGACUCCUACCGGGAUAACUUAGGCGGGAAAUCCUUUCAAAGCAGGCUCUGUCUUCCCAUGCCCAUCGAUGUGGUCUACACCUGGGUGAACGGAACCGACACGGCUCUGCUGCAGGAACUGAAGACUGCGAGAGAAGAACUGGCAGAGGAACAACGAGCUCUGAGGGAACGUUUAGGGAAAAACGCAAGCGAGCCGACAGAAGAACCGAAGGACAGGACCAGGCCGGAAUGCUUGCUGUCCCACUGCAUCGUGGCGCCCAUGCUGGCGCUGGAUCCCGCCCUGCCAGCCAACGCCACCGUUAAGGAGCUGCCGUCGCUGUCGCCAUCGUUCGCCACCGCCAAGGAGCUGAUGCGGCUCAACAAACCCGUCCACCCGUCCAAUGCCGCCUCCGUGCUCAUCUUCCAUUCCCAGGCUGACGCUGAAAAAGCCUACGGCGGUGUGUUCAAGGAAGACAAGAAAUUCUCAGUGUCGAGGUGUUACCUGACGACCGAUAAAGAGGCCCCGGGUCUGAUCCGCAUGCAGACGCUGGCCUACCUCAGCGGCUUCCCGGGGUCCUUCAAGGAGACGGAGCAGUUGCGAGUCAAACUGCCAUCUUUUGUCACCGACAAGAUCAAGCAGUUCGAGUUGUACUCGGAGGCCAGCAUCGCUCUGCUCCACCUCAAAAGCCCCAACGACUUCACCGAUCUCAUGCAGAAGGCCAAGAAGAACCUGACGCUGGACGGCAAGGAGCUGACCGUCAGCCCCGCCUACCUCUUCUGGGACCUGACCGCCAUCUCGCAGUCCAAGCAGGAUGAAGACGUGUCAGCCAGCCGCUUCGAGGACAACGAGGAGCUGCGCUAUUCGCUGCGCUCGGUGGAGAGACACGCCCCCUGGGUGCGACACGUCUUCAUCGUCACCAACGGGCAGAUCCCAUCCUGGCUCAACCUGGACAACCCUCGCGUGUCGGUUGUCACACAUCAGGAAAUCUUCCUGAACCACAGCCACCUCCCCACCUUCAGCUCCCCCGCCAUCGAGAGCCACAUCCACCGCAUCCCGGGACUCUCGCAGAAGUUCAUUUACCUCAACGAUGACGUCAUGUUUGGCAAAGAUGUCUGGCCGGACGACUUCUACAGUCAUUCCAAAGGACAGAAGGUGUAUCUCACCUGGCCCGUUCCCAACUGUGCCGAGGGCUGCCCGGGGUCCUGGAUCAAGGACGGCUACUGCGACAAGGCGUGCAACAACUCCGCGUGUGACUGGGAUGGAGGCGACUGCACAGGGGCCGCGGGAAGCAGCAGGUUCCCGGGUGGAAUCGGAGCCGGGGGUCCCGGUGGGGCCGGCGGGUCGGUGUGGCAGUUUGCCGGCGGCUUGGGCGGAGCCUCGUACUGCAAUCAAGGCUGCGCCACCUCCUGGCUGGCGGACAAGUUCUGCGACCAAGCGUGCAAUGUUCUCGCCUGCGGUUUCGACGUGGGCGACUGCGGGACAGAGCACUUUGGAGAACUGCACCGCGUGACCCUGCUGAGAAACCAGAGCUUGUACACCCUCCCAGUCGGAGAGAUCAGACCUUACUUCAGCUUCGACCGACUGGCUCACAGGGUCUCGGAGGCGCACGUCGGCGACAGCGCCGUGGUGCGCCACACCUCUGUGGCCAACAAGUGGAAGACCAUUCACCUGCUCCUCCACGCCGACCACAACGCCACCCUGGUCCGGUACAACCUCACGUUCCAACGGGAGGACAACACGGCGUUCGCCAUGAGCUUUGACGUCGUUGUCGACACUCGUCGGCCUCCUCAAGCUAACAGAUCCCAGACCAGCAAGGAAAGCUUCAGCCAGAAGAACACCACCACUACUACGGAACCGCCGUUCUUGUUCCCAGACAUACCCGAGCACAAACGGGGUCCUCGGAUCCAAAGGAGGCAACCCGAUGAACUUCAGUCGGUGAUAGAAGUUCCUGCGUUCGACGAGUCGCUCUUGGCCGAUUCUGUGCGAAGCGAGCUUGAGAAGCUACGUGAGAAACUUCUCGAGGGGGACAUCACCUUGAAAGGGUACAACCUCACCAAGGUCCGGCUCCUGAGAUCCCAGCAGGAGACGACCCGGAAGAAUCUUGAGGGGAUCACGGUUGGGCGAGACCGACAGGAGCAUCCUGGUCUACUUCCUUUGGAGGAUGACGUUCCUCACGUGGCGGAGAGGCCCAAAACCUCCAAGCUGCUCAGCCGCAUUACCAAAACUGCCGAAGGUCAAGUCGAGACCCCCGACGCCGCUCCAGUGGGUCGCCGGCUCCAGCAUUUCAUCCCCGCCGACAGAGGCUUCCUGCCCUGGGAGAAGAAGAAGUACUUCCAAGACCUCCUGGAGGAAGAAGAACGUCUGCGGAUGGCGCUGGCGUACGACGCCGAGAGCGACGCCGCUAGCCGGAAGCUGCGAGACACGUUUGCCGACUCCCUGCGCCACGUCAACAAGCUUCUCAACCGCCAGUUUGGCUUCGCGUCCCGGAAGGUCCCGGCACAUAUGCCUCAUAUGAUUGACAGGCUGGUCAUGCAGGAGCUGCAGGACACAUUCCCAGACGAGUUUGACAGGACGUCCGGACACCGCGUGCGCCACCCGGAGGACAUGCAGUUUGCCUUUUCCUACUUUUACUUCCUGAUGAGCACACAGCAGCAGCUCAACGUCUCCGAGGUGUUUGACGACAUCGACACGGACCACUCCGGAAUUCUGUCCGACCGUGAAAUACGGACUCUGGCCACGCGGAUACACGAGCUUCCUCUCAGCCUCCAGGACUUGACAGGUUUGGAGCAGAUGUUGAUCAACUGCUCAAAGACACUCCCGAGGAACCUGACCCAGGUCCACCUGGUCAACCCCACACAGGAAGCCUACUAUGACCACAGCAUGCCUCCGGUCACCAAAGGUCUCAUCCUGCACUGCAAGUCCGUCACGGAUCGCAUUCACAAAGCCUUCGUGGACCAGAACAAGUACAAGUUUGAGAUCAAGGGCGAGGAGGACAUCGCGUUCAAGAUGGUCCGCACCAACGUCUCGCAUGUGGUCGGCCAGUUGGACGACAUCCGGAAGAAUCCCAGGAAGUUCGUAUGUCUGAAUGACAACAUUGACCACGCCCACAAGGACGCCGCCACGGUGAAGGCCGUGUUGAGGGACUUCUACGACUCCAUGUUCCCGCUCCCGUCCCAGUUUGAGCUGCCCAAGGAAUACCGCAACCGCUUUCUGCACAUGGAUGAGCUCCAGGAAUGGCGGGUUUACCGGGACAAGCUGAAGUUCUGGACCCACUGUGUCCUCGUGACGCUGAUGGCCUUCACCGUCAUGUCCUUCUUCGCUGAGCAGCUGAUCCACCUAAAACGCAAGCUGUUCCCCCGACGCAAAGUCAUCACGGAGGAGAACCCCGAGAGAGUUUAAACCGGGACCACGUCGUCAUCUUGACCUCCGUCCUCCGGCGGUCCUGCUCCGUGUAGGGACACCCGCCAGGAUGCAUCCUUGUUAAGGAAUACAAAAGUCCAGGCAAGGAAGCCAGGCAAUGCCUCUUUCCGCCACGGGGGGGGGGGGCAUCAAAGACGCAAAACACUCCGAGUUUUAACCCGCGCAGGAUGUGAAGUUCAGGAAUUUUUUCGCUUGCGUGUCGGCUUUGGAUCAGGAAGAAUCAGCUAUUCGCUCGGAUGUGAUUUUUAAGGAGUUAUUUAAUUGUCGGUUGUGUCGUUUACGUGCGAUCUUGAAGUGCCUUCUAUGUUCGUUCCACCUUCACUCCUCUUUUAUAAGAUAUGUCAUUGUGGGGGGUGGGGGGGGGGGUACACGCCUUUCUUUAAAAUAGGUAUAAAUAUGGACGACGGACGCGGUGGCUUUCUUACUGCUUCAUUACGCUACAGCGGCGCCGGCUCGCUCCUCCCCCUCCGCUUAGCGCGCACCUGCAAACGAGCUGUGAUUUUUUUUUUUUUUUUUUGGGCAGUGGAACCUUGGUUAGCAUCGUGAAUCUGUUCCAUAAGGUCCGACCAUAACCAAAACGUACUCUAACCAAAUCAGUGUUUCUCAUCAGAAAUAAUGUCAAUGCAUUUCAUCGUCGAUGACAUCACAGGAGCUGACUUCCGCUUCCUGAUUCCACUCGUUAGCAAGGUUGUUUACUUUAAGAACACAGUAUAUUAACAACGCACCAUGUUGUACGCUAACCGAGUCAAACAUGUUAACCGAAAAACACACUCGACGCUAGCGAUGUGUGAUAUCGCUGAGAAGAACAGUCAGCCACUGAUGACAUCACAGGAGCUGACUUCCACUUCCUGAUUCUACUUGUUAGCAAGAUGCUAACAAGGAUGUUUACUUUAAGAACACAGUAUGUUAACAACUCACCAUCUUGGACGCUAACCGAGGCAAACAUGUUAACCAAAAAAAACACACUUGACGCUAGCGAUGUGUCAUUCAUUCAUAUCAUUUUUAAGUUUACAAGAAAUAAACUCGGGGCUAACUGGUUAGCUAGCUAGCGGUCAGCCAUGGCAUGUCCCACAUGAUGGAGUGAAAAAAAGUUCUCCCCUCGUUCUGUGUGGAAGUGGUACGAUUUUGAUUUUUUUUUUUAAGUUUACAAAAAAUAAAUUCGGAGCUAGCUAGCUAACAGUCAGCCAUGGCAUGUCCCACAUGAUGGAGUGAAAAAAAAGUUCUCCUCUCGUUCUGUGUGGAAGUGGUACUAUUUCGGCUCUUUAAAUUUACAAGAAAUAAACUCGGGGCUAACUGGUUAGCUAGCUAGCAGUCAGCCAUGGCAUCUCCCACAUGAUGGAGUGAAAAAAAUUAUCCUCUCGUUCUGUGUGGAAGUGGUACGAUUUUAGAUUUUUUAAGUUUACAAGAAAUAAACUCGGGGCUAACUGGUUAGCUAGUGAGCGGUCAGCCAUGGCAUGUCCCACAUGGUGGAGUGAAAAAAGUUAUCCUCUCCUUCUGUGUGGAAGUGGUACGAUUUUGAUUUUAAGUUUACAAGAUGGUUAGCUAGCUAGCUGGCCGUUUUCAAACCUCUGCAGCAUAAAAGUUACUCAAUGUGUCGGAAACGAUGCUAAUAAACAUUUAUAAACAUUGAAGUCGGGUCUGGAACCAAUUGGGAUAACCGGAGUCGGAUCAGGACGCCGUAGUGACGCUGUAGCAUAAGGGGGCUUCUAGCAGUUUGUGUGCGCACGCGCGUCCCCGUGGGACUCGGCACACUCGCUCAUGUCUGAAAUUCAGACGCCCCGCGGCCUCGCUUUUUUUUUUAACUUAUUUUGAUUGGAAGCGACUGCAGCCUCGCAGGGCGGAAUCUUCCAAGUGAAAUAAAAUGGCACCAUGUUCACCUUUUUGUGCUUUUUUUUUUUUUUUUUUUUUUU